UGGUACAUUUCACAGUAUGGCAUCAGAUGCUUCCCUUGUUAGCUUUAAGGAAUUCAGCCCACUAUAUUACGUCCUCAAUGCUAUUCCUACUAAGAUCCAGAAGAGCUUUCGAUCUGUUGUGGUUUACCUUACAGCACUGGAUGCCAACAAGGACUACAUAGCUGUGGGCAGCAGCAUUGGAAUGCUUUAUCUUUAUUGUCGACGUUUUAACCAGAUGAACAAAUAUAAUUUAGAGGGAAAGACAGAGUCCAUCACGGUUGUUAAGUUGUUAAGCUGCUUUGACGAUCUUGUUGCUGUUGGAACAGCAUCGGGCAGAGUGACUGUUUUUCAGCUUGUCUCUCUAUUACCAGGAAGAAACAAGCAGUUGCGAAAGUUUGAUGUUGUUGGCAUCCACAAAACCAUCAUUACAGCACUGGCUUGGAGUGCUAAUGGAAUGAAAUUAUUCUCAGGAGACGUAAAAGGCAAAGUUGUAUAUUCUGCUCUUGAUGUGGACCAGGGUCUUUGCACUCCCGUUUUAGUCCUGGAGGAGCCUUCUCCUAUUGUACAGUUGGAUUACAGCCAGAAAAUACUGCUCGCUUCUACAAACCAAUGUAGUAUGCUUUACUACUGUGAGGAAAAAAUGGUUAAACAAGUUGGAAGUCAGCCAAGAAAAAGUAACGGUAAAUUUGGAGCAUGCUUCAUACCUGGGCUAUGCAAACAGAGUGACCUUACACUGUAUGCAGUAAGACCUGGACUUCGCCUUUGGAAGUCAGAUGCUCAUGGAACUGUUCAAGCUACAUACAUUUUAAAAGAUAUGUUUGCUGGUGGAGUAAACACUUUUGAGUUGUACCCUCGAUCAGAAUCCCCUACAUCAGGGGGUUACAGACCUCCAGAGAGAUGCCUUGGUUUAGUGACUUGUUUUUUUCAGGAAGGGUGUGUACUGAGUUGGAAUGAAUAUAGCAUUUAUGUAGUGGACCUGGUAAACCAGACAGUGAUUGGUGGCUUGGAAGGGCCAGGUGACAUCGUAUCUGUGUCUUGUACAGACAAUGAAAUAUUUUUAUUAAAGGGAGAACGUGACAUCAUACGGAUUUCAAAUAAGCCAGAAGGACUGGCAUCUGCAGUUCCAGACACUAGUCCAAGAGUAUGGAGUCCACUUGCUGCGGCUUCUUCACCUGUGAUGUCUACUGCUUUUGUGGAAACUGCCCAGAAAAUAAGAACAAUACCAGUUUUGCCUGAAUCUGCCACAGGAAGUUCUAGAGAUGAUGCUGGUGUUCCAUUAUUAUCAGUUGACAGUCAGAAUACAGUAACUGAAUCAGAGAAAAUAGUAGUAGAAAGGGAAGACACAAAAUGUAACAUGGGUGACUCUGAGACAAGAAAAUGCUUUCCUGCAGCAGCCAGCGAAUCCAGGAGUCGGAGCAAUUCCGUCAAUUCUUGCGAUAGUGGUUCCAGUCAAGUAAGUACUGUGGACAAGACAUCAACAGAAAUUUCAACUGACAGUGUGCCAUCAUCACAGAGAUUCAGCAUGAUUAGCGAUGAAGAGUUCAACCAGAAACUUGUUGUGCGGUCUAUUAAAGUUAAAAAGAAGAGGAAGAAAAAUCAAGAAAAUGGAAACCGAAAAAGGGGUAUCAGCUCUUCUGAAAGCACUCCAAGUUAUGACCGACAGCUCUCGAGUGAUCAUUGUACCAUUGACUUUCUGUCUGACCGAACAAGCCUUCUAAGCAGCAGUGCUGACCAAUUAAACAUGGACUCCCCAGACAGAGACAGCAUCAUCAGCUAUGGGUCUCAUGGUAUCAUACAAGAUGAUAGUCUUAAUGCAUUAUGCCCAUUACAGUUUCAGGAAUCCUUUUCCAGGUUGGGAGAUCAUGUCAGCACAACUGACAAUAUUUUGCAUUCCAGAAAUUUGAACCAAAUGCACUCCUCCAACAGUACAAGUGUUGUUCUUUCUUCAGCAGAUUUUCAGAGCAAUGGGAUUUUAGAAAGUGUUUUGCCAUCCCUUGAACAAAGGGAAGGGAGUGUGCAGUCUUCCACAGAAGAACUUGGUAUCAAUGGCAAAUUGGAUUAUAUUGAUAACACAUUGCGUACAACACUUCCAUGUGGACUUCAUGGGCCAUCUGCAGUGCCAGACACUGUAGAUGAGAUGGAAGCUGUAUUGACUACUUCUGGUGAGUGUGAAGAUGGAGCUGUGUUGGACAUGGUGCAAAAAAGCAAUUCUGUUGAGUCUGAGGAGCUAGAUUCUGUUCCAGUGUGUGUGCUUGCAGGUGGAUCAGAAACAGAACCCAAGCUUCAUGAAGACCAGCAGGAGAAAGAUUUGUUUCAAAAGGAAGUGUGCAAACGGUUCUCUGAUGAUGGUGAAGAAUGUGUGCUUGCCAAAGUGAGCAUAAACACACAUGACCCUAAAGCACCAAGGGACGUGCUUUCAUCAUCCGGUGAUGAGGAUGACAUUUAUGGUUCUGCACUGCCUCAUUCCUUGUCAGAGACUAGUGUCACAGAAGGCAGCCCCAUUAAAAACACUGUCUCUUCCCAUAGUCUUGCAAAGAGCAGACAAGAAGAGGAAGACUUUCUAAAGUCUGAUCAGUUUGCAGAGAGCUGGAUGGGAUACAGUGGUCCUGGCUAUGGAAUCCUCAGCUUGGUUGUAUCAGAGAAGUAUAUCUGGUGCUUAGAUUUCAAAGGCAAUCUUUACUGCAGUCCUUUACCAAGUGCAGGCUUACGAUGGCAAAAAUUUGAAGAGGGUGUGCAGCAGGUGGCCGUUUCACCCACAGGAACUUUGCUUUGGAAGGUUGAACAGAAAUCUAAUAAAGCCUUUGCCUGCGGAAAAGUUACAAUAAAGGGUAAACGACAUUGGUAUGAAGCAUUGUCCCACGUGUCAUAUGUAGCACUAAGUGAUGAUACUGCUUGGAUUAUUCGAACCAAUGGGGAUGUCUAUCUGCAAACAGGCCUCAGUAUUGACCGCCCUUGUUCGAGAGCUGUGAAGAUUGAAAGCCAGAAUCAGCUGUCCCAGAUUGCAUGUAGAAAUAAUGUGGUUUGGGCACUGACAGAUCUUCGUACAGUUAUUUACAGGGAAGGAGUCAGCAGCUACUGUACUGAAGGGGAGCAAUGGAUCUCUGACCCUAUUAGUGAAAAACAAGGUCUGGAACUAGUGUGUAUAGCUUUAGGGGAUCAUCAGACAGCAUGGGCCUUGGACACCAAUGGGAAUCUGUGGUUCAGAACUGGAGUCACGUCCAAGAAUCCUCAAGGAGAAGAUGAACACUGGUGGCAAGUCAGUAUAACAGAUUAUGUGGUGUUUGAUCAGAACAGUUUAUUCCAAACAAUAAUCCAGGCCACACAGACUGUCGCAAAUGUAGCUCAAGCCCCAGUGGAGAGGGUAGCUGAUAAACUGCGUGUUGCAUUCUCAUCAGUGCAGCCUUCGAGUCAACCAAGUCUAAUCAGCAUCAAUAGUGGUGGUGUCUGGAUUACUUCUGGGAAAAAUGAAUUUCACGUAGCUAAAGGGAAUCUUAUAGGAAACUUUUUGUGGCUAGGCCAGAGCAACAAGGAUUUGUUUUGUAUCGAUGACCAGAAUCCUUAUUUCAGACCAUCUACUGUUCAACUUCCUCCUGAAACAGAGAUGGUUCAGUUUUCUGCUUGCCGAGAUGCGAUAUGGGCUUUGGACACAUGGGGGCGAGCUUUUAUCCGGACACUGUCAACUACAUGCCCCACAGGGAUGCAUUGGACAAAGCUGGAUUUGGCUCAGCUAGGUGCAGUAACUCUGGUCAGUUUAUCGUGUGGGAGUGAGCACAUAUGGGCAUGUGACACAAAUGGGCUGGUUUAUUUCCGUGUUGGGACUCAGCCUCUUAACCCAAGCAUGAUGUUACCUGCAUGGAUAACCAUUGAGCCUCCUGAAUUGCCCAUCGGAAUGCAUUUGGUUAGCUUACAUUCAAGUCCUAAUGACCGAAUGCUAUGGACUAUUGAUAACAAAGGGAAUGUUCAUGUCCGACUUGGAAUUACAGAUGAAAUGCCAGUAGGAACCAAUUGGGAGCAAGUACCAGGUUUACAAGCAAGUCAGCUGACGGUCAGUUCAAGAACUGUGUGGGUUCGGUGUCCAAAUGGAGAUAUUGCACGCCGAUAUGGUAUCACAGAUAAAAAUCCUGCUGGAGAUUACUGGAAAAAAGUUCCUGGGAACAUGACUUGUUUAACAGCUACUUCCUUUGAUGAACUCUGGGCAGUUGAUCCCGCUGGGUCUCUACUUCAGCGUCUCACAAAGACAUUUAGGCACUGUGAUUCUUCAGCAAAGCCUAGUAUUGGUACUUUUUCUGCUCAUUCAGAGGACUUUGAAGAUGAAUGGGAGGUGAUAUGAAAGGCACCUUGUUUUUGUCUCAUGGAAGAUCAUUUUACAUUAUUUGCUGUAUACAGUAUACACUAAAAUAUUUGUUUACAUUUCUUAAAAAUAUACUAGUAAUAUUUUUAACAUUUUAAUUUAUUAUACCUUUAAAAUCAGAGGACUUCAGUGGACCCGAGGCUCCUUAAAAACUAGCACAUUUUGGUUAGUUUUAUAAUGUAGCAUUAAACUUCUCUAACAAUAAUGUACUCAGUUGCAUGUUUAAAAUCUCGUCUAUAAUUUUUGCUGCUUACCUCUUUGUGUUUACAGAUUAUCAUCAUCAAAAUUUGUACUAUGAAAGCAUGGCAAGACAGAUCAGUGACUUAGAAGCAAGCCUAAUUUUAGGAAUAUUUAUGGGCUUACUUUUAUUUUAUAUUCCUUUUUGUUGUUGUUGUUCCUAGACUGUAUAAAGGCUUCCUUUCUUUGAUUUGGGUGUGCCAUUUCCCCAGUGGCAUACUAUACUGUCUAAUAUCCAAAGAUGUUGAGAAACCAUACAUUUCAUAUGCUUGCCAUGAAUAGUGGUAACGUUGGUAUAUUGCAGAUGCUAUUUUUGUGAAUAAGAUGUAUAUUAACGUAGAACUAAUGCACUAGCACUAUUUCAUCAUUGUCAAUGAAGUCUGUAUGAGAUAAAAUGAGACAGCAAGCUUUGGCACAAAUUGAAAUCGAUUGUUACAGUUAUGCUUUUAGUUAAUAAGUUUAUUUUGUUCUUAUUUUGUUCUCACAGUGACUGAAAACAGAAUUGUACUACAUAGAAUCUGAUGUCUUUAUUUUCAUUAGAAGCACUAGUUUUAAUAUUGAAGAGACUUAUGCAUGUAAUCAGAAACAUUUAUGUGCCACAGUACUUCCUUGCAAAUGACAGCAUGUGAAAUGUAAUAUCGGCUGUUUACUGUCAGCAUACAGCUACUUGCUGAUGUGCCCUUGCUGACAUCUUUUAUCUGUAACUAUGAGAUGUACUGACUGAAAUAGCUGUUGCAGUAUUCUUUACUAAUAGGUUAUCACCACUGAUGUCCAGCCAGGGUACCAAAGCUUUACCGUCCCAGGAUUAAAUGUAUGACAUCAGCUCACAAGCAGAUGGUUAGGUAAAGUACACAUACAAGCUAAUUCCUCAGACUGUCUCACCUCCAUCCCAAACGCAGGUCGCUUCUCAGUUGGACUGAGUGGUGUUUGGUCAUUGGAACCAUUGCUUCAAAUUAUCAGAUAAAUGCCCCAUUGGGGAACCUUCCUUUACCUUUUUAAUCUAUCUUGCCUUAUCAUUAUUAAAUGUCAGCCAGGAGGAGUAAAUGUGUGUGUGGUAGGCAAAUCCCAUACAAAGACUUGCAUAGCCAGUGCCUUUUUUGCUUAGGAGUAGAACACUACUACAAGACCUGUUCCAUUUACCAAUCUUUUGUACCUAAGACCUUGAGGUCUCAUCCUCACUCAACACCUUUUUAGCAGACCCAACAUUUGGAAUGUAUGGCCAAAGGCCAAAGUCAAAGAUGGAUAACUCCACAUCCCAGAUAUACCUGCACCCCUUAAGAAAAAGCCUAAAAGGCCUAGGCUGGACACUGUCAAUUCUGACAUAUCUGCUUUUUUAAGCUGUGUCGUAUAGUCAUUCAAAGGUGCACAAAGACAUUUAUCUGUAUUAUUUAAAGGAUGGUUUAUCAGCACAUGCAGUUAUAACAUCACAGAUCACUACUUUAUAAUGCCUAGACUGUAAUGUUCACCUACUAAAAUGUACUAUAAAAAUAAGCAGGUUAUGUAGUAAUUAUUAGAAAAAAUAAAACCAGGUUUAAACCUUAUGACUUAA